UCUAAAACUCAAACAAAUCGGGAAAGAGAAUGCUUUAUACUUAGGUCUCGAUACCUGCUAUCCAUUUCUCUCUUUCUUUCUCUCUCAACCAGCUGCUUCAAAGGGGGAAUCAUGAAUUUCGGGGAAUCUACAUCUGGUAUCCUCGCCGCUGCCGGCGGCGACACCGUUAAACUAUUCGAUGUCUCCGCUGAGUCCGGCGAUCCUUGCAUAUUCAGUUACACUCCUUCCCCGGGUUUUCAAGUGAACUCGGUCAAGUGGAAUCACACUAAUUUGGUUGUUGCCAGUGCUGGAGACGACAAGAAGAUAUCACUAUGGAGGAAAAACGGACAGAGUAUGGGGACUAUUCCUUUGGCUGGAAACGAUGUUGGAGAUAACAUUGAGGAAUCAAUAAUGAGCAUCCACUUUAGCAACAAGGGAUCUAGAUAUAUGUGUUCUGGAGGAAGCGGUAAGGUGGUGAGGAUUUGGGAUUUGCAGAGAAAACGCUGUAUCAAGUGGCUGAGAGGUCAUACUGCAACAAUUACUGGAGCAAUGUAUAACGUUAAAGAUGAGCACUUGGCUUCAAUCAGCAUCAAUGGGGAUCUUUUACUUCAUAAUCUUGCUUCUGGUGCACGCGUAACUGAACUAAAGGAUCCACAUAAUCAGGUGCUAAGAGUGCUUGAUUAUUCUCGGAUGAGCAGGCAUCUUUUGGCGACAGCUGGUGAUGAUGGAUCUGUUCAUCUGUGGGACACAACUGGUCGGAGUCCUAAGGUUUCUUGGUUGAAGCAACAUUCAGCUCCAACUGGUGGUGUUAGUUUCUCUCCGUCAAAUGAUAAGAUAAUAGCUAGUGUGGGUCUCGACAAGAAGUUAUACACUUUUGACUCAGGAAGUAGAAGGCCAUCGUUUUGCAUCCCUUAUGAAGCACCUUUCUCUUCACUGGCUUUUAGAGAUGAUGGUUUGAUAUUAGCAGCUGGUACGAGCAAUGGGCGGGUGGUAUUCUAUGAUAUCCGUGGUAAACCUCAGCCAUUUACUGUACUUCGAGCUUAUGGGAAUUCCGAGGAUGUGACAAGUCUAUCUUGGCAAAGAUCAAAACCAGUUAUGGUGGACGAAAAGAGUUGCUCAGCCGAAACUGCUCUUCUUGGAGGUGCUACUGAAGACUCAGUACUUAUGCCUGAUCCAUUGCCUUCUAUUACAUCUUCUUCAAUCCUUUCAACAACUGCUGCUUCACGAAACAGUGGUCGUUCAGGUCCAUCAAUGGACUCGUCUAUUUCAACUUCACUUGAUUCAUCAUCUAUAGCAGCAGAGGAAACAACCCCAUAUAAAAGCAGUUUGUGGACAAGUGGAAAUUUGACUAGAUUACAUCCUCCCCGUUAUAGUUUCAAAGAUGAUAUGGGAGUAUUUUCUCCAGUUGUGGAGGUUCAGUCUAUUAAACCUUCCAUUGAAAAACUUUGGGACGAUCAAGGAGAAAAGAAAGUUCAUCCACCAAUUGAUAAUAAGUUUUCUUCCCUUUUCCCUUCACCUAGUAAGAGAUUUCCUCUUUCAGAAGGCAGUACUGAUCCUCAUCCAAUUUUUGACUGGAAAUCUACCACGUCUUCCAAACAGGAGGAUAGUACACUCUCAUUCUCACAAUUGUCAUCUACAAGUGCUGAAUCUUCUAUGAGUAGUAAUGAUUCCACAAUUACACAUCCAGAAUCCUGGGGUGGUGUAAGAUUCUCAGAUAAAUAUCAACUUCGACAUUCAAUCAAUUUACCAUCUCGAUUUGCAACAUUGUCCAGUAGCCUGACGACAGGAUCUACUACACUCAUGGGAUCAAUGGAUCCUACUUUGUCAAUGAGCUCAACCCUAGGCUUGACAAACUUGAGAACUAAAGACAUUUCUUCAAACCACGAUGAUAUUUCAACAUUUGAACCAUUGGAAAAUCCCUCCUCCACUAGAGAUAUAAAAAGCGUAACCACCAGCAUGUCAAACCUAGAUUCUUUGGGCACCUUAUUAAACCGUCCUCGGAGAUUUUCAUCCUAUGCUGAGAGAAUAAGUGCUUCGCCUUCAUUUAGCGACGCAGCAGCAUCACUUUCUAUGGCCUCGCCUAAAACUAAGAAAACUGGUAUUGAGACAAGGGAUGAACUUUUGAAUGCUUCCAUGGCUAGAUCUGAUAUAACAUUCGCUUCAGAAUCAGGCUCGCUUCCUCCAAUCAAUCGAGGAGGAGUCUCCCAGCCACAAGAAACCUCUUCUCAACUUGUGACAGAACAAGGGAGUUCUUUCACAAUACAACUGUUUCAGCGCACGCUUGAAGAAACUCUCGAACCAUUCCAGAAAUCAAUCCGCGAGGAUACAAGGAAUAUUCAUAUUGAAAUAUUGAGACAGUUCCAUAUGCAAGAGGUGGAAAUGUCGGGUAUGAUGAGUCUAAUACUGGAAAACCAAGCCGAGCUUAUGAAGGAAGUUCAGGCACUUCGCAAGGAAAAUCAGCAGCUUAGAAAACUGUUGUGAUUUUUGUGUCCCAUAUUUUUUUGUUAGUGUUUAUAGCAUUGCUUGAUAUUUUGGCAAUUAAAUUUGGAAUGGAAGAUGUGAAAAUGGAAAGUAGAAUAGGUAAAAAAGAUUCAUUUGUGCAUAGAUUUGAUUUUAUUGAUUGAAUUGACUUGAGGAAAUUAAAUCUUUCUCAUGGAGCUUUUU